GUAACCCAUUUCAUUGGAUUUGUGACUUCAGAGGGGCUGCCACGUCCUUCCCUGAUUUCCUGGGUGCCCAGAACAGACACUGCUGCUCUGCUUUUCCAUUCCUUAGAAAAACCACUUCCCAGAAGGAUAUGACUUCUUAGGAGCUGCUGGAAAGCCGAGGUUGCCUGGUGAGCCAGGAGUGCUGCUUCAGAACAAAGAAGUUGCUGCUGGAGUGCAGAUGCUCUGGGUACUGCUGCUGGACACGAUGCUGGGAUGAGGUGAUCACAAAGGGAAGGUAUCACCAGAUAUUGAAUCUCUGAUGCAGCCUGGGCAGGGACAGUGGAACUGUUUCCCUCUGGCUUUGGCACAGGGGUGUCGAGGAAAUGUUUUCAGCUGAAAGUCCAGGUGAUGGUGAGGCUCCUGCUGCCUCUGUCACUUCAGCCCUCAACAAUGACAGAUUUAUAGCCCAAAAGGCACUCGAAGGACAGCUCUUCUUCUUGACAAAAGUGCAUGAGAAAAAGAUUGUCAGGGUGUGCCCAAGCCAUCUGUCAUUGAGGAAAAAGGCUCAUCCUAUAAUUUAAUGCCAUCAAUCACUAAGACCAAAGGUAGAGAUCAAGGCUGCUUACUCAGAGGAGUACCUAAGGCCGUGUCUAGUCAGGCACAUGGUGACAGCCAAAUAAAUUUCCUUGGUAUGGUCCCUGGGGAGCUUGCACUCUCUUCCAGAGCUUAGAAACAUGCCUGCUCUGCAAGGAGCCCUCGGGCUACUCAGGGAGUAGUUACUCUGCAGAGUGCUUAUGAGGAUCUCCUUAAAGCCCAUGAAAUAAGUUCAAAAUAGAAUGUUUCAGAGAAUAAUCCAUCUACUUGUCUGCAGCAUAGGAAUCCCAUACUCGUGGGUGAAGGCAGCACUGGGAGGACCACAAGCAGUGUGACAAGGACUGCAGCGCAUAUCUCCUCCGCACGCCCGGCUUGCUAAACCACCACGGGAUGAAUCACGGCCCCCUGCAUCGCCGGGAUCCAGGCGGUGCAAGGGACAUGUGCCACGGAGCCCGGCCCUCGCACAGGAGCACAGGAGGGCCGAGGGCGGGCCGAGGCGGGCACAGACUGUGCUCCACCCCUCGCUCUGCCUUCCGCCCUGCGCGGCUCUCCGGUAUAAAUAAGUCGGCCGCCGCCCGCCUUACCGCGGCCCCAUGGAGAGGCAGUGGCAGCCCGGCGGUAGCAACGACCCGGUCCCGGCGGCGAGCGGAGGCCGCGAGUCCCCCGCCGGGAGCCAUGAGUGCGGGCAGCGUUGCCCCGGGCUGGCCUGAGGCGCUGCCGGCCGCGGCCCGGCCCGCAGCGGGGAUGAGCGGCAGCGAGAGUCCCGAGGGGCCCGGGGACGGCCCUGAGCUGCAGCUGAAGGUGGAUUUUUUCCGCAAGCUCGGCUACUCCUCGGAGGAGAUCCGAGCCGUGCUGCAGAAGCUGGGCCUGGGCGCCGACACCAACACGGUGCUGGGGGAGCUGGUGAAGCACGGCCCGGCCGAGCGGGACGGCCCCGAGGCCUCACCCGAGCCCGGCGAGGCCCCGCUGGUCCCUCGGGGCGGCGCCGGCAACAAGUCCUCGGCGCGCGGCCCCGAGGAAACGGAGAGCGACAACCUGAAGCCCAUCGUCAUUGAUGGCAGCAAUGUGGCCAUGAGCCAUGGGAAUAAAGAAGUGUUCUCCUGCCGAGGUAUCCUUCUGGCUGUCCAGUGGUUUUGGGACAGGGGACACAAGGAUAUUACAGUCUUUGUGCCAUCAUGGAGGAAGGAGCAGCCCCGACCAGAUGUACUCAUAACAGACCAGUACAUCCUGCGUGACCUGGAGAAGAAGAAGAUCCUGGUGUUCACGCCGUCGCGGCGGGUGGGCGGCAAGCGCGUGGUGUGCUACGAUGACCGCUUCAUUGUGAAGCUGGCCCACGAGUCCGAUGGCAUCGUCGUGUCCAACGACACCUACCGCGACUUGCAGAACGAGCGGCCCGAGUGGAAGAAAUUCAUUGAGGAGCGCCUGCUGAUGUACUCCUUUGUUAAUGACAAGUUUAUGCCUCCAGAUGAUCCCUUAGGGCGUCAUGGCCCCAGCCUGGAUAACUUCCUCAGGAAGAAACCUGUUGUUCCAGAACACAAGAAACAGCAGUGCCCUUAUGGGAAAAAAUGCACUUAUGGAAUUAAGUGUAAGUUCUACCAUCCUGAAAGGAUCAACCAACCCCAGCGCUCAUUAGCUGACGAACUCCGUGCCAACGCUAGGCUGUCUCCAACCAGAAGUACCAGUGCCAAGGAGGAGAAGAAGGGGAAGCGGGGUUCCCAGGCAGAGCUCUUGUGCUCUGUGCACACAGAGAGUGACAAAAGCUCUUUACAGAAGAUCUCUGCAGAGAGGAAGAGCUUGGACCACAAAGCCAAGCCCAGUGAUGUUGUGCUUCAGGCCAAAGGCUGUGUGUCAGGCAGUGUCUCCCCUGACAGGUACCAGCAGCCUCCCAUGGACUCUCUGUCUUACAUCUCUCAGGAGCAUCUUGACUCAGGCAUUGGGUCUCUGGAGAACCAGCUGUCUGACAUGUGGCCUCACAGGUGUACCAGUCACUGUGACCAUUCCCAUGCGGAGCAGGUGCCCGUCUGCACCUGUGGCAGGCAGAGACCCGUCUACCCACAUUCCCUCAGCUUAGAGCAGAACGGUCUGGUCUCUUACAAUCACGGCUCCCAUAAAUCAUCUUCCUCUGGUGCUAGCUUCUUGCAGUACAGCCCUGAGCUGUCUCGCUCAGGAGCACCCCACUCUUUCUCAGGCUAUGGGGUAGCUGUGCACGCAGGUGCUGCGGGGCAGUACAGCCUGCCCAGCGAGUUCAGUGCCGCCCUGCCGCACUCGCGGGAGUUCUGGUCCGAGCCGUACCCGCUGCCGCCGGCGAGAUCCCCCGGUGUGCACAACUCCCACACGGUGCACAGGGCCCCGGGGCCGGCCUAUGGGGACUCAGGGCCCUGGGCUGCUGAAGAGCAGUUUGCUGAGGAGAGGGCCCACGUGCACAUCAAGCUGUGCGGCAUCUUCCACCCACACCUGGUGGAUGCCGUGAUGAGCCGCUUCCCCCAGCUGCUGGACCCCCAGCGGCUGGCAGCAGAGAUCCUCACCUACAAGGCCCAGAACCCCGGUGUGUGAGGCAGGUGCCAAAGGGCAGGCAGGUAUGGGGAGAGCUUAAGGGGCUGGGUUUGCCUCUGCAGCUGAUACAGAUGCCUUCUGAGUGCUCUUUCAUAUUCCUUUGGAAGUACUGGGCUCCAGCUGAAGGCUGCAUGCCAGAUGUGGUGUGCUCACAGCAAAUUCUGCUCCAGCUAUGACAUGUGCCUGUGGGAGAGGUGAGAACACCCCAGCUUCCCACCUUCCCCAGGGGCUAAGCAGGAAGGGAGGCUGCAGCUCUAGAGCAGGACUGUUCCUUUGGGGGUUCAUGGGAGUCUGGCACACCCUGAACUGCAGUUGUCCAUAACUAUAUGUGAGAGAAGUGGGUGCUGCCUUUGUAGUGGCCUAAGGCUAGUUUCUGAGGACCCAAAUGCCUUAUCAAUGCUGUUGUUAGGUCCUGACUACACCUCUUUACUAAAUCCCACCACUCAGAUCUGUGGCAAAUGUUGGGUUAUUAAUGUAAUCUGAAGUUGGAUUUAUCUGAUUGGUUUUACUGGUGCACUUCUUGAAUAAUGUUUUCCACAGCCUUCCCACUUCAGCUGAUCAUCUUCUAAUUGUGUCCCAUGCACCACAAGUGCUUAGUGAGCUCUCAGCUCCCAGGAGCACAGUCCUUGCUCAGGAGAAGCAGCCAGACACUGCUCCAGAGCUGGGUGUGAGUUGUGUGUUGGGCAUGUGCUGACAACUGCAGUGUCAGCGCAGGUGGGUGAGCUGGGCAUGCUGUGAGUGCUGCUCUGGAGAUGUCCCUGUGCCAGGCUGGCUCUGCACAGCACUGACAAGGAUUUAUUAUGUGCCUUUUGCCUUCAAACAGCAAUAGAACAGCCGCAGUCACAUCUGGACUGCUGCCAGGGGCCUUCCCGAGGAGUCUUGAAUAUUUUGUGUUGUAAAGCUGUUGCUUCCUCUUCUUCCUCACCAAUAGUCCCCUGUCUCCUUUGGCUGUGCCCAACUAGAACAGCAUCCAGAAUUGUAGAGUAAGACUUACUUGGCAAGACUGUUCCUGUUUCAUUUCCUCUUACUCUGUAAGAUGUUUUCUAUUGUAGGUACUGUAAGAGAUUUUAAAUAUGCAAAAUCAAUUGCUGUAGUAAUUGGUUCUGGUCCUGGAAUUUUGCUGUGAAAGGGAUGCAGAAAUGUUCCCGGCACUUGCAGGCCAGAAGCAGUUGAUUUGUUGAUACACAUUGUAUCUGUGUGUGUUAUUGUUUUCUAAAUACAAUACGCCCUUCUGUGGUUAAACCAAGGUUAUUGAGUGGCAAAUUAGGAAGGGGAGAGUGGAAGGCAGUUGGUCCUGAAACCCUCCUGGGAGCAGUGUUGUCUGUUCCUGCUCUUCCUUCUGCUGUCCAAAGAAUGACCUGCCCAGACUGGCACCAUGUGCCAUUAGACCACAGGGACACAGGAACCUGUAUACCUGGUUAAUAAUGAUACAUUACAAAUUAGUAAUGUUUCAUGUUAGUAAGCAAAAUGCUUCUUAAUUUUAAGUAACACGAUACUUUGCAUAUUUGUAAAUUACAGAAAAAAAAAAACCACGGUUUUUAAUGUUACUGUUCAGCACCUUGCUGCUUGCAGUUUUAAUCAAUGCUGUUCUCACCUCAGCCAUAUGUUACUUGGCAAGGUGGGUUUGGGUUUCUGGUGGAAUGCUGGUAUCUGCUGCCUCUCUUGCGAUGAGGAGAUUAACAUUUUGUACUCCCCAGCUGACACUUGCUGAACUUUCUGUAUCACUAUGUAGUAUAGUCAUGUACUGAAUAGCCAUGUGACAGCCCUGGCAAAGAACUGUUACAGAAAUAAAAACUGCUGAGUUGA